AUGAAUGAUCAACAGGUUUUCAAGAAGGAAAUUUUCGUCAUCAAACACCAAAUCAACCAUGAACUCAAAAGACACGACGAUGAAGACGACCCCAAUGCGUUAAACCCUAGUUCCUCCGGAUCUCAAAACCCUAAUCGCAGAAGAAGAUACUCUCGUUCCAAGAGGAGCUUCGAUUCCGAUUUGGACACCAGUUUGAAGAAUGACGAUGGUGAUGAUAAGACUGAAAACGAUGAGGCACUGCACAACCACCACCACCGGCACAGAGAGGAGGUUAGGGUUUCGUCUCCUUCUAGAAUGCGACGCCACAGGUCUUGCAGUAAAGAAAGAAGAAUAAGUAUAUCCCCUAGUAGGAGGUCUGAGUCACCUUUUCGUAGUCUAAACACCAGGGCGACCGACGUCGGCAGUAGCAAUAGGCCGGCGAAGAUGGUUUCAGUUCCGGCAACUAACAAGAGCAACAAUGGUGGUGCCGAACAACCAAAUACCAGUACAGUGAAGAGGAUUCACGUGAAGCGAAAUGUAUCUCCGGCGAGGACACACCUCAGGCUUUCACCGACAACCCAAGCCGAGAGCAAAUCGACAGAGGGGAGACUGAUCCUUUGUGUCAUAGAAGGAAAUCGUUAG